CACGGUUGGUACUUGGGAAACUACAAGUGAAUUCCAGCAGUUUUGGUGAGAUGCUUUCUGCCGCGUGGGCGGGAUACACCGCUUUUCCCGUGAGUCACAACACCUGACUAUGCCUCAGGCAGCAAGGGUCCUUGCACCCCUCUCUCCUCUCUCUCUCCUCUCCCUCUCCUCUCCCUCUUCUCUCUCCAUCUUCACAACUCCCCUGAGUCGCGAGGUUCUUCAAAUAUACCUCAACUAUGACAUCACUCCAUUCUUCCUAACAUCCCGCCGGAUCUCUCCGACGGAUGCGGGUGGGUUUUGUCUCAAACUGAGCUUAACUAACGCUAUAUAUAGUUCCAGAGUCAUGCUAUACGAGGCGACUAUCCAGCAUGAACCCGCAAAGCAUACGCGGCGGUCUUGGCUUCCAUGGGUAUCGAGUCAUCAUAUAUACCACCCAUGGCCCCAAUACCUAACCGACUCACACUCAGAACAUUGAUACCAUGGAGUCUUCAUAUACCGCUGACAUCGCCAUUGUUGGGGCUGGCAUCGUUGGAUCGGCCCUGGCGUACUUCCUCUCCCUCUCCGGCGAUGACAGGAAAAUCAUCCUCAUCGACCGUUCCUUGACCCCACUCAAAGGGUCCACAGGCCAUGCACCCGGUUUCGUUGGUCAAUACAAUGACUCCGAGGUCCUCACCCACCUGGCCAAAGACACCGUCCGCGAGUAUACAAAGAUCCCUGGUGGCUUCGACACCGUUGGUGGGCUGGAAGUUGCGACAAGCCUCACGGGGGCCGAGCGUCUGAAACGCCGACAUGAUUCAGCCAGAAAAGCCGGCCUCCCUACUGAACUGAUCUCCCCCGAGAAAGCAACGUGUCUGGCGCCUGCCCUUAUUAAGGGAGACGUCACGGCUGCGCUACACUUCGCGAGCGAUGGCGCUGCCAAUGCUACCAGAAUCACCACGUUCUAUCAGGACGAGGCACGCACCCGAGGAGUCAAACUUCUUGAGGCAGAUGUCACGAAGGUCCACCAUGCCAAUGGUCGCGUGACCGGGGUGACCACUUCGUCGGGUCUCGUUAGCGCCCAAACCGUCAUCAUCGCCACCGGAAUCUGGGCCCCAGACCUCUGCGACUUUGGCAUUCCCAUCCCAAUCGUGCCAGUCGCACACCCAUACAUGUAUGGCGAAUACCACGAGCCAAAGUCGCUUAAGGCGCCCUGGGUCAGAUGGCCCGAGCAUCAUGUCUAUGCUCGGGACCAUGGCACGUUCUAUGGACUGGGAUCGUACGACCAUCAACCGAUUGCUCAGCAGCCCCAAGAAAUCGCCAUUGGAGAAUGGAUUCAGCACUUUGAUGCGACGUUGGAUUAUGCAUUGCGCUUUAUCCCAGAGGAGACCAAGUUAAUUCCUAGGGAAACGUUCAAUGGUAUUUUCUCCAUGACGCCAGAUAAUAUGCCACUGGUGGGUGCGAUCCCAGGUACCGAUGGUUUGUAUCUCGCUGCUGCGGUCUGGGUUACGCAUGCGGCUGGGGCUGCUAAAUUCUUGGCUGGGAUGAUGAAGGGCGAGGAUGUUGAUGACGGCCUGAGGAAGGCGUUGGAUCCGAGCAGAUUCCAGGGACGGGAUAUUGAGGAGCUGACGCGGGAGUCGCUGGACGGAUACAACCAGAUCUAUAAGGCUGCGACGGCUUCUCAAUAGGUGUAUUGAGAUGGUAUUAGAAACAAGACAGUUGGCGAAAGUAACCAUUACUGUUCAAGAGCUUCUCCACAGUUGU